UCCAAAACCCUUGUGCUCGUCGACUCGUCGUCUUGUCCGUGCUCACCUCUUAGCUCCUCUCCAUCUCCCCACCGGCCACCGCCAUGCCUUUCGAUUUCCCAUGGCUCAACAAAGCCGCCUCCACCUCCACCCCAAACCCUAACCCGAGCAAGCCCAACAAUCCAAACCCCUUCCUCCCCAUCCAGACCCACCUCACCUCCUUCCUUUCCUCCCUCCCCCUCCCACGGGCCAUUGCGCCGCCAUGGGCUCGCAUCCCCUCCCCAUCUUCGUCGGCGGCGCUGCCAGUCGCCGAGAUCGAGGACCGGCUGGCCGGGGUGCCCGUGUACGCCCUCGCUAAUUCCGCCCAGGAAUUUAUGCUCGUGUCGAAAACCCACAGGGGCGGGGGAAGGGAUGUGGCCGGCGGUGUGGGCGGAAGCGCGAGGCAUCCACCGGCGCUUGGGAUGCUCUGCUUCCGGAGGGAGGACGCCGAUAUGCUCCUCGCACAAAUGGACGAUGAUAUGCGCGCUGGCUCCACCGUGGUACCUGUUGCGCUCAACAAGGUUAUCCAACUGAAGUCUGAUGGUGUGGCAUUUAGAUUUCUUCCUGAUCCUUCUCAGGUGGCUAAUGCAAUUAAGUUGAUGCAAGAUGGAGGGGAAUUUUUGAAUGAGGGGUUUCCAGGAGUUCCUGUUUUCCAGUCAAGGAGCCUUGUUCUGAGGAAUGAUGACAAGAGAUAUCGACCAGUUUUCUUCAGAAAGGAGGACUUAGACAAGUCACUGCACCGAGCAUCUAGUGACCAGCAAAAUCCUAUCCCUGCUGUUAGGAUUGGUGACACACAGGUUUCUUCUUUGGAGGAUAUCAUCACAUCAAUGAAGGAUAGCUCCUCGAAAUGGGAUGAUGCCGUUUUUGUUCCUCCAGGUUUCGACAUAGCUAUUGGCUCAGAGCCAUCACACCUCAACAAGUAGAUAUUUCUGUACAUUGAGGGUGGUCAGCUGGUAUUGUCUCGAAAAUAGUUAAACAUGGAUAUGGUAGAUUGAUAGUAUAUAUGCUCAUGCCCUUGACACCAUGACCUGAUGUGUGACUCAUUUUCAAGGUUGUCAUUCCCUGCGUUAGCAAUACGUUCCGCAAAGUAGACCGGAAGGUGAACAAACCUCAUCGAAAGUAGACCAGAAAGUAAAUCGAUUGUCAUACCUUGUUUCUUCUAUGCAUAAUAUCGAAAUUAUGCGUGUACUGUGCGUCGCUCACGAGUUUGGCGUCAGCAACUUUGCAGAGGCAAUGUUUCCCAGGUGUUCA